AUGUAUAAGGGAAAAUCAAUACAAUCAGCCGGAGGAUCGGGUACAAAUAUAGCCAAAACUAUGUGUAAACUGUUUGGAGAAGUCAAAUUUAUUUCUGCAAUUGGUGACGACCUCAUGGGUGAGAUUCUACUGAAACUUUUACCUGAACCAUCGCGGUGUAACAUAACAAAAUGGCCAGGAUAUUCAACUUCCUCUUGCACUGUGAUAGUUGACCAGACGGGAGAUUGUAAAUGUAUGUUACGCGACAUGGAAAUGCAAGAUCAAUGUGAAACCGGCUACUACGAUAUUGAAUUUAAUCAUAUAUAUAAAGCAUCUGUUGUCAUAUUUGAUGACAAUUUACCACUCAAAAUCAUGGAGAGGAUUUUCUUUUUUGCCUCUCGAUUCAAAGUGCCGAUAUUUUAUGAACCGACAGAUUUGAAAACAGCUGGAAAACCCUUCUACAACUUUUUGCCACUUUCUACCAAAUUAAUUCGCCUUGUAACCCCCAAUUACGACGAACUGCAAGAUAUCGUUAAAUCAGAGUGGGGAGAACUUUUAAUAGUUGAUAGAGAGGAUUUGAAUAAUGUUGAAGAAACUCUUGCAUCAGUUACGUAUACGCUUAUACAUAUUGCACACAGGUUUGAUUGUAUUGCGGUUAACCUGGGACAAACUGGUAUAGUGUUGUGCAUUAAUUCGUCAUUUAAUCCUUACACACAAUCUUUGUUUGUCAAUCAGAAGUACAUAUUCGAUCCUACUGAACGAACCGAAUUGUCGAAACAGAUAAUAUUCUUUCCCACUCCAAAUAUGGUAAAAGGGUUUGUAAGUGAUUCUGGCGUUGGGGAUAGCUUUGCCGGUGUUUUCUUUUCAGGACUAUUGAAGGAGUACACCGUGACUCAAUCGAUUGGCUUGGCAUUUCAUGCUGCUGGACAAGCUGUGGAAACAUUUGAGAUCUGGGAGGAUUGUGAAGUGUGGAAGCGUAAAAUGGACGACUUUAAAAAAGAGGGUUAUUUCAAUGAAAAACUAAUGUUUAAAAGCCAACAGAUAGGAAAUACCCACGGCCAAUGUUCGAUUAAUUGA